AGUCUAUCGUUCGGGGCUGCACCGAACGAUUUGGCAACACUUACUUGCAGUUCUAUAAAAUAAACGAAAACGCAAUAAUUAUUGUUGCGAAUGAUUGAUGUGCAGAUGAUUUAGAAAUAAAACCAACUAUAAAGCAAUUAAAAGUGUUCAACCUACUGUAUACAAUAAAUAAGUGAUUGAAAAACAGGCGUAAAACAAUUCUAAACUGUUUGAGUGUAUGUGUGUAUUAUUUUUUGUUUGUUCAUAGGGGCGGGAGUGCAAGUGCACUAUAAGAUAUUUUUCAUAAGUGUAGUCGGAAAUACCAGACGCCAAUUGGUUGCGUUGCAAAAAUGCAUAAAAUUAGCAGCCCAGCGUUAGCGUUCUCUUUAGUGCUAUACGUCUUACUACAAACAGUUUCUUGUAAACAUGUUGUUAUAACGGCACCACAACAUGUGCUGAUUGGAGCCACGGUAAAUGUUAGUGCUACUUUAUACGAUGGGAGCAAUAUUGCUAGCAAAGGCAGCUAUAGUUUUAGCUGGAAGGACAACACUGGCCAUACGAAGGAAUUUGAAACAACGGAACCAAUCAGCAAUUGGACUUUCGAAUAUGCUAAAGAUAUCAAUCUAGGACAACAUAAACUUGAAGUCAGUGUUUCAGAGAAGUUUAUAGUUUGGUUUCCGGUUGCCGACAGUUCGGUGGCUAUCAAUGUAGUCAACACCCUCACCGGCAGUUUGCAGCUAAUACAGAAUGAGAAAGUGCGAACACAGGACUUUGUAUCCACACAGGCUAUAGUUAAUCAUAGUAUUGAACUAUGGCCAGCGGACUUGGAUUAUUUAAUAAGCAAUCAUUACUAUAUAAAUACUUACUGGUUCAAAAACUGUACAUAUCUGGGCAUGUCACAUGUGCUUGACUUUCAAGAUAUAUAUACAGUGCCCGAUCAAUAUUAUACUAUUGAGGCUCUUGUGGUUGCAUCACCAUUUCCUCUGCCAGAGCCAACAACAUCCACAACAACUACGACGACUACUACAACGACCACCACAACGACCACCACAACGACUAGCACCACGCCGCCUACUACAACGUCAACGUCCACAACACCCGCCACAACAACGUCAACAACGUCAACAACAUCAACAUCAACAACAACAACACCAGCACCAACAACUAGCAUCACGACAAAAACAUCUCGGUCCAGACGUGAUAUUAACCAAACCAUGCAUGCAAAUGCUAAGUUGUUAGGGAUUAACCUCGCAGCUGCUGUUAAGCAGGAGCUACAAAAGCAAAACAUCACCGGUACCACAUCUGUGGCCCUGGUAAAUCCUUUAGGUGUCCGAAAGCUUAAACUCCUUCCUGCAGCGGCACCAUCUUACACUUGCAUAGACGGCAACGUUGUUGCCCAGGAUACAAAUAAUACAUACGGUUACUUUCAGCGAAGGGUCGUCUCGAAAACACCCAUCUCUGACUUUAGCACUAGCGGUAAAAACUGGGUAAAGCAUUGGGAGCUGACUAAUUUACAAAUUACCUGUAAGGGUUCCGCACCGUACGAGGUGUGCAUUCAAUAUUACAAUGCUCCAUACAAUGCCACGGGCAACGAAACGUGCAGUAGCUAUGACAAAUUCGACAAGUGUGAUUUUAACUUCGCUCGUUAUUUCGGUGAUAGCAAGACAAUUCUGUUUUUCAUACGCAAUGAUAUCUCGGCGACCGUAAACCAGGUUACCGUUAACAUCUAUGAAGCGAAACGACAGUCACAGCUAUCGGUUGUAGUUGUGCCCAUUGCCUGCACUCUUGUGGCCGUUUGUCUGGUCAUCUUUGGCGUAGCCUAUUACAUACAGAGCCGGAAUCGUUUUACGGUAGAAGUGGCCGAUUUCAACUUUGGUGAUACCCAGUCAGUGGAUAUGGAAUACAAGACAUUCCAGCAGCGUUUGAUCGACAGUAUACGUGAUGCCUGGCCAUGGCCCAGGUGGCGUCGGUAUUCGCUGUCAAGCACGGAUCUCAUGGCCGAACAACCGUCCAAUCCCGGUAGCUUUGGCGGCAAUGUUGGCGACGUUGACAGCAAUUUGCGCUAUAAUACUUUUAACUAAAAGCAAACGGCAUUGCUUUAUUGUUAUUAUUAUUCUUUAAUCAAUUUAAUUUAAAUAUUGAACUUAGUUUAUAAUUUUGAUUUCUUUCAAUGGGAGCGUUUCGUAUUUUGUACUCAUUUGCAUUGUAAUGCAUGACGUUUACGUUGACGUUUUCUUGUUGUCCCCUUAAGCCUGUUUAUUCACAAAUUUUUUAUCUUUUUCGUCCACAUUAACGCACACUCGCUCAUUAAUCGCCAAACGACAUGCAAUAUUCAAUAGCAAAUGGAUAAACUUUAUGAACGCAAUCGAAAUUCUUAUAAAAUGUUUAAAAGACUGUCUUUGUUCUAAAAAAAAAUAAGAAAAAAAAGAGAUAGAAGGAAAGUAACUUAUGCUGCAAAUCUGUUUUAUAUUAAGUGUUAGCAUAAUAUAAUAUCAUGUUUGUAGACAUAAGAAUGUAAGGAUUCCUAGCUCUUGAAACUUGAUAACAAAGGCACCGCACAUACAUACAUUCAUACACAAAACAACCAAACAGACAAAAUAUAAUUAUUCAUUGUGAUAGAACUAACAGUAUAUUUGUAUGUUAAAAACAAACAAAACAAAAAAGAAGAAAAACUGGUCAAUAUGUAACACUGCUAAAAUGACACGGUUAGUGCCGGACAAAAAUAAGAGUCUAAAUAGGAAGACUU